AUGACAGAUACCCCCACCAAAACCAUCCUCGUAACAACCGGUGCCACUUCCCCCUUCCCCUCACUCCUCUCGGCAGCCCUCUCGGCCCCAUUCCUGGCCACCAUCCGAUCCCUCGGCUACACGGACCUCCGCAUCCAAUACGGCGACUGCCAAAAGCUCUUCCAAACCCUCUCCGCCGCCGCCUUCCCCUCCUGCGGCAGCAUCACGCUCACCGGCUUCAGCUUCGCGGACGACUUCCGCACCGAGGUUACGCAUGCGGACCUGGUAAUUUCGCAUGCUGGCAGCGGGAGUAUUCUUGAUGCGCUGAGGUUUCAGAAGCGACUGGUUGUCGUGGUCAAUGGUGCGCUCAUGGAUAACCAUCAGAAGGAGUUAGCGGAGGAGCUUGGCAGCGUGGGGUAUUUGGUUGAGGGGUCUGUGGAAAAUCUUCAUGAGGCUGCUAAAAAGGCGGAGACUUUUGAGUUUAAACAUUUCCCUGCUGGUGGCAGUGGGAAGUUUUGCGAUAUCCUAGAUGAGGAGGUUGGGCUUAAUCUCGAUUGAUUUGAUUCGGUAUUCGGUGGACGAAUUGGCGGUUCCUUCGGACAAGCUGAUCAGAUCUUUAUGUUUAUGUUAAUAUUAGAUAGAUGCCCGGCUUCAUAUCACCCUCUAACUUGAUAACAAAAAGCCAAACUCACGACAUACUGAGAUUGAAACCACUGGGCAGGUAAUUGGGCCGUAAUUGAGAGAUAAAAGGUAUAAAUACAAGAUUUUAAGGAAUCAAAAAAAUGGUAUAAGAAAUAAAA